AUGCCGCCUCGCGUAGCCGACGACGAGUACGUCGAUGAUGGAGCGGACGCAUACGAUGCCGAGGACUUUCUGGACGACGAUGACAGUGGCGACGAGUACCGCGCUGCACCCUCGCUGCCAAGGCUAGGCACGCUGCGCGCUGGUCAGGCUGCGCGCUCGUCGGCCGCGUCCGCAGCAACGAAUGGCAAAUCUGCCACUGGGGCUGCGCGCUCGUCGUCCUCAGCUGCGGGCAAAGGCAAGGCGGCGGCGUCGGCCAAAUCGAAAUCCAAGGACCAGGGCUACUCGUGGGAAGCCACGUACAAGCGUUCGUGGGAUGCGGUGGCCGAAGACGAUUCGGGCUCGCUCGAGUCUGCGGUGCGCCAGAUGAUCGAGGGCUCCAAGCGGCGACGUACGCUCAAGGACGUGGCGCCCGUGCAGCGCGGCAUCAUCCGCCACCUCGCGCUUCUCAUCGAUCUCUCGGCGAGUAUGCUCGAAAAAGACAUGCGGCCGAACCGGUUCGAUGUGACGCUGCAGUAUGCGCGCGAGUUUGUCAACGAGUACUUUGACCAGAAUCCGAUCGGGCAGUUGUCGGUCAUCGGCACGCGGGAGGGUAUCGCCGAACGACUCGCCAUGAUGGGUGGCAAUACGGUCGACCAUACGGCGUCGCUGUCGAACAAGCGCCGGCUCGAGCCGAGGGGCGAACCGUCGCUGCAAAACGCGCUCGAGAUGGCGAGGAGCAGCUUGGUGCAUCUGCCGGCAUCCAACUCGCGCGAGAUCCUGGCGAUCUUUGGCAGUCUCACCACGUGCGAUCCGGGCAACAUCCACGAUACCAUCAAUACGCUCGUCAAGGACAAUAUCCGCGUGUCGGUGGUGCAUCUGGCGGCGGAGGUCAAGGUGUUUAAAGACGUGUGUACGCGCACGGGUGGGGUGUUCAGCGUGGCGCUCAACGAAGGACAUUUUCACGACGCACUAUUCGACCUCGUCCCACCACCUGCCGUCGACGGACCACGCAAAGGAAAGCGUCGUGCUGGAGCAGAAGAGGAGGAGGAAGUUCAGAAUGGCGUUGAUCUUUUGCAGAUGGCAUUUCCGCUGCGCCUACCUGCGCAUGCGGCACCGACGCUGUGUGCGUGUCACUCUCGAUCGCGUGGCAGCGGGUACCUGUGUCCACGCUGUGGAGUCAAGGUAUGCGAUGUACCCACCGACUGUCCCGUCUGCGGCAUCACCAUUGUGAUGAGCACCCAUUUGGCGCGUUCGUACCACCACCUCUUCCCCGUCCCCAACUGGAAGGCUGUUGCAUGGGAGGCCGUAGGAGACCGUGCCGAAGACGCCUGUUUCUCGUGCAACUUGCGAUUCCCCAAAAAGGACGACAAUCGAACACCGGCGGCAAACAAGGCGCUCGAGGAUGCGGGGCUGUCGCCUUCGUCGAGGUACAGGUGCACGAGAUGCAACCACGACUUUUGCCUAGAGUGCGACGCUUUCGUUCACGAACAGCUACAUGUAUGCCCCGGUUGCUGCUAG